UCCUCUAUUUUUCCAUCUGUAGAAACAUUCAAAAUGUGUGAGCCUUUUGUCCGUCAAAGCCGCCUCUUCCAUCACCACGGAGAGCCAAAUCCUUCCUGCGAAGUGGCAUCGCCAGCUUCUUACACUUUGGGCCUCAAUUAACAGGGUAAUUGGAUUGUGCAAAUCCUGAGCCUGUGCACGUUCGAGAGAGAGAGAAAGUGACGCCGGUUGGUCUCAGCUGCCCGGCUAAGCUGAAGAUGCUCGGUGGGUAAAUAUAGUCCUUCUGUGUGACUCAGCCAGGAGUGGAGGGAAGGCAACCCGCUCUCAUGGAUCAGAAGCAGGAAAGAAGCAGACUCAUUUCCGACGGUGACGCAGACGGAGCCACUGCUCCGGCGCUGCACUUGCCGUCCGUCCGCACUGGACCGCCACCGGUCUCCGGCUGCCGUCGCAACAGGUGAGCUGUUGCUCGUCUCUGCCAUGCAAUGUUUCCAAGCAUCUUGGCACCUUCAUGCGUCUUCCAGAAGAGCCUUUGAUACCUCACCUCCAAGGCAUUAAGGCAGCUUCCAUCCUUGGCCACCUGCUUUGGAUUCCUCCUCGUGGGCCAAAGAGCAGGAGAGAGAUGCACUAGGAUUCGAGUGGUGCUCAAGAAACAGGUCCAAUGCCCACCGCCACCUGUGAGCACCUGUGUGGCUGCCAUCGGGGCCCGAACGUGGAAGAAGGGAAGUGGUAUGGCGUUCGCUCCUAUCUGCACCUUUUCUACGAAGACUGUGCCGGUUUGGAUGAUCUUGGGAGGCCCCCAAACUCUCCAUCCAGUGGUGGAUGGGCGUCCGUCCUUUGGAAGGUGUCUCUCUCUGCUGGCAGCCUGCUCUUGCUCCUUGGAAGCGCAGCACUAGCCACCGGCUACCUCCUUCCUCCCAAACUGGAAGGCAUUGGGGAAGCUGAGUUUGUGGUUCUGGACCAACAAGCGGUGGAGUACAACCAUGCCUUGGGCACCUGCCGGGCAGUGGGCAUGGUCCUGUGUGCCAUGGCUGGGGCCCUCCUGGUCACCUGCGUCCUGUCCUCCGGUUUGGCCAGGAUGACCCAAGCUGAAGGGGGCCACGAGGAGAAGGCAUGGCAGGAAAGCCUCCCUGGGAAGUGGGGGGCCACCAUCACAGAGCCCCCAGUGCCCUUCCGAGCCUCAUGGGUCCAGCCCAAGAGAGAGAUGUGACCUCUCGUUCCCACUGGGCUUCAAGCACAUCCUUAUCAUAGAUUUGCACCAAAUUGGGAGGGAGAGCGGAUACUUCAGAAGACAGGACCCAAAAUGACCUUGAUUGAUGGGAGACAGGGCCAGAACUAAUAAAAUUGAUCUUCAACAUCGAGAAAUGCACAGUACUACACUUAAGCACAGAUAUAGGUUGGGGGCACCAAGCUUGAAAACUGUCCAUGAGAAAGGGAUGUAGGACUCUUAGUAAACAACAAGUUGGACAUGAGCCAACAGUGUGAUGCAACUAAAAAAGCCAAUGUAAUUCUAGGCCAGUGUUUCUUAACCUUCCUAAUGCUGCAACCCCUUGUGGUGACCCACAACCAUAACAUUAUUUUUGUUGCUACUUCACAACUGUAAUCUUGCUCCUGUUAUGAAUUGUAAUGUAAAUAUGUAGGAAAUAUGCAGGAAAAUGUUACAGAGAACGAAUAUGUCAAACCACUCUGGCACAAAUACACAAUACGCCCAAAUUUGAAUACUGGUGGAGUUGGAUGGGGGAUAUAUUUUGUCAUUGGGAAGUUGUAGUUGCUGGGAUUUAUAGUUCACCUACAAUCAAAGAGUAUUCUGAAUUCCGCCAAUGAUGGAAUUGAACCAAACUUGGCACCCAGAACUCCUGUGACCAACAGAACAUACUGGAAGGGUUUGGUGGGCAGUGUCCUUUGGUUUUGGAGUUGUAGUUCACCUACAUCCAGAGGACACUGUGGACUCAAACAAUGAUGGAUGUGGACCAAACUCU